GUCGCGGUCUUGAGGAGGCUUCCAUCAAUUUUUGAGAAUCAAGAAUCUUUCAAUCGAUAACAACACUCCUCUCUAUCUCAGAUGAGAUCUAAAAUCAAGGCAAUAAAGGAUCCAAACCAGAGCCAGAGCCGAUACUGCCAUCGCCACAGAGCACCCUGUUCCCCAAUAUCCCCAACUUAAACCCUCUCUCCACCAGCCUCUCCGUGUGACCCGCCCUCGCCCACCCAGCGGCGGAUCUAGGACACAGUAGAGUAUUGGGCCGCAUUUCAUUAGAAAAUUAGAUAUCGCAAGAAAUUCAUCGCUCAUUUUGUUGCACAAAUAAUUUUUCACCUAUUUCAUGGUUGAAAAGGUUCUCUCCAUAGUAGCUAUUGAAAUGAGCAAUGUCAGCACUAGACAAAUCAAUCGACUAAUCAAUAUGUAUUGUGUGUCAAUCCCUAUAUUCACCAGCUGCUCUAGUAAUUUUUCAAGAGAGCAAACCUCAUAUUUCUUUUAGUCUUUUACGUUUUAGACUUUUAGAAUUUUAGGUUUCAUUGUUUGUUUUUCUUUAGAUGAGACCGUGGAGGGCUGUACCGUGGCCCGGGGUGGCCACCCCCUGGAUAUGCCAAUGCGCCCACCUCACCAUCACCUCCUCCUCCUCGUCAUCACCCCCGCCACCGCAGAAGCGAUAUUCCUGGCGGCGUUGACCAACAGGAAGUUGGCGUCCAUGAGGAACCCAAGCCCCAUGGAGCUGCAGAGGAAGCUGGCCAGCAGGCACACCGACGCCGAGCCGUACUUGAGCACGGUGAUCCCAUAUUUUUGGAUUGGUGGACAGAUGUCACUUCAGUAGCUCUUCUCAGCUUCUAACCCAACUUUUAUAUAUAGUCUUGAAUGAAUAUUUUUACAUAUAUAAAGUAGGGUUGUGAGGGGCACUAGACAUUAGUGUCGAAUCAAUAGGAUUUUUUAUU